UAUUUUUUAAAGUAAACGGUUACACUCAAAGAGUCCGCCAAUUUCCGCCAAAGACGCCGGCUUAACAUUGCGAAAAAAUUUGCACAUGCCUUGCACCGAUUCCAUUGAAAUCCAAGCUGCCAAAAAAAUGAAGAUCGAAAAGUGCGUCCUCCGUUUUGCCAAGUUAACUGAACAUGCCCUGGAGCCGGUUCGAGGAUCUGCCAAAGCUGCUGGUGCUGACCUUCGCAGUGCCUAUGACAUUGUGGUGCCGGCCCGCGGCAAGGCCAUUGUCAAGACAGAUUUGCAGGUCCAGGUGCCAGAGGGCUCCUACGGACGUGUUGCUCCUCGCUCGGGUCUCGCUGUGAAGAACUUCAUCGAUGUGGGCGCCGGUGUUGUCGAUGAGGACUACCGCGGCAACUUGGGUGUGGUUUUGUUUAACCAUUCGGACACCGAUUUCGAGGUCAAGCGUGGAGAUCGCAUUGCCCAAUUCAUUUGCGAGCGCAUCUUUUAUCCAGAGCUGGAGUUGGUCGAUAAACUGGACGACACUGAACGUGGUGAGGCUGGUUUUGGUUCCACUGGUGUCAAGGAUUUACCAACUGCUGCCAAGGAGCAAAAUGGCAAGAAGGAUAACACAGAUGUCAAGGCUACAGCUACAGCUGCCGCCUCCUAAAGGGGAAAUGUGAUACGCCAUUGAGUAAAAACUUUAGUUCCUUGCCAUGAGUUGAAUGGAACCUCCUACUUUCGCCUAAUAAGUUAUCACCAGUUAUUGUCAUAAGUUCCAUAAAAGCAUGAAAUCCAUACCAUACAAAAACAUACCAUAUAUGAAAUAAAUAUUAAAGUAAA